GUGGCGCUCUGGGCGCCUUUGUCAUUGAAAUUUUGUUCCUCGACGUCGUGGAAAAUGGGUAAAGUAAAAAAGACGAAGAAGUUUGCUCUUGUCAAGCGGAUGCUCAAUCCAAACGAUAUACGAUUGAAAGAAAAUCAGGCAAAGCAACAGAAAAAGGAGCAGGAUCUAAAAGAAAAGGCAGUCCGACGCGUUGCCCCAGUAGCUUCUUCCUUAUUCUUGGCCCAUAAUACAUCCCUCGUACCUCCCUACCGAGUUUUAAUUGACACCAACUUCAUAAAUUUCAGCUUGCAAAACAAAUUAGAACUCAUUAGCGGAAUGAUGGAUUGUCUGUAUGCGAAAUGUAUACCAUGCGUGACAGACUGUGUAAUGGCUGAAUUAGAAAAGCUCGGACACAAGUAUCGAGUGGCACUGCGCGUUGCUCGGGACCCUCGCUUCGAACGAUUAACAUGUACUCAUUCCGGCACAUACGCCGAUGACUGUCUUGUUCAACGUGUAAAUGCGCAUAAAUGCUACAUCGUCGCCACUUGCGAUAGAGAACUUCGACGGCGGAUACGGCAAAUACCUGGUAUUCCACUGAUGUAUAUUGUCAAACGACGAUACGCAAUCGAGCGAUUACCAGAUCAGGGUGCACCUGUGUAGAGGCCUCGAAUUAUUUUCAGUGAGGUGUUACAUAUUUCGUUAAAUCAUAUCUUCAUUAUGUAUCGGCAGUGGCACUACGGGUCAAAAUUCGAGAAUACCUCAAUUUUAUACUGUGCCAAGCUAGUCUUACUGAUUAA